GAAUCUUGUGAGAAUGAGCAGCUUGAUUCCCUGUCAAUUGUUUCUACGAGAAUCUGAUGUAUGCCUAAUUGCUUCCGGGUCAGUCACUGUUUGAUUUUGUGAUCUUUCGCCGCCCGGCGAAAAACAAUUUUACCUCAUCAAUAAAUGGGAAAAACAAGAUUUGGGUUGUUCUCACCUAAGUCGAGUAUAAUGCUGCCUGAUAUCUGUGGAUCAAGCUUGCUUUUGGCUUUGCCUGACGAUAUAUUUUCUGUUAUCACGAGUUCCCUCUCUCUGAGGGAUGUGUGUAAUCUUGGUCUCAGCUGUCCAGGUCUCGACGCUGUUCUGUCCUCGGACAAAGUAUGGCUUUCCCAAUGUAAUAAAUUGGGCCUACUCCCUUUUAGUACUCUCAUCGAAUGGAGAAAGGGAGUUCUUUCUUACAAGGCCCUUUGUCGAUUCUUGGUGAAUAUUCAACCGUUGAUUGGUAUUUGGGUCCACAAAAAUCCCGAGCUCGGGAAUGUAGUAUAUGUUAUGCCUGGCUUUCUAUCAGUUAUUGGAUGCCGGAUAAUUCCCCAAGAGAUAGGCCCUUUAGGCCUUGAAGAUAGCCCUAUUUUGUGGGCACCUGUAUUUGAAAUUAUCUGCAAAUACGACUGCUCUAAAGCAUUCUUUUUACACGGGAGGGAGCAAGGAGCAGAUUAUGUUUAUCCUGGAUUGCUAAAAUCAUUCGAUAGGGAUUGUAAUGUGCUUUUGCUCGAGGUUGAGCAUCGGCUUCAACGGGAUGAAGGAAAACUGGCUGAUAUUAAGAAGUUUGCUGAUGAAGCGGAGAAGGAGAAAUCUAAGUCACAGAGAAUAGUCGGACAGAAAUGGACUGAAAAUCCUUUUAUCCGUUUGGAAUCUGAUGAUCAGAGCAGGCUCCUCGAUUUUGUUACUAGCCAAGUCCGUGAUUUUGUUCCCGAGGCAGCAAAUGUGUUAUUGUUUCCUCGCUCGAGAAACGAUGAGGUUGAUUCGAAACAAGAUUUCGCAGCCUUACAUGAAAGGAGAUUGUUGCUUUUAGAAUUGUAUGAGCAUGGUAACGUGAAUCAUGAUAUAAAAUCCGAUGAAGAAUCGCCUUCGAAUCCCACCGAAUUAGGAUCAAGUGAUGAUGUCAGCGAAAGUCUCGACAGUACGAGUGCCCAUCAGGGUCAGUCUAGUAAGGGUAAGAAGACUCUCUCUGCGUUUCUGAAGAAUGGUCUCAAAAAGUUACUACGGAAAUCGAGCUCAACAAACAGUGAUCGAGAAUAUCAGGAGGCGGCUUCUCCCAGUUACCAGAUAACACUUGACGAGUUUCUUGAAUCGGGCGAUUGGGUUGGAUUGAGCGUACAAGCUGCAACCAUGCAAUUAAGGUGUUAUAAAGCGUGGCCUAUUAUGCAGGAAAGUAUAUCCGCUCUCUAUAAAUUGCCUGUUCAGACUCCCGAGGCGUGUGACGAGUAUGCCGGUUUAUGGGCAGGGAAUUCUGGUUGGCCGCCAUCUACCGGCAAGCCCGGUGGGCGCCUCUGCUUCAUUUUCGUCUCGUAUGAAGAAUCCGAAGGGCAGCGACAAAUGAUCGCCAACAAGAUAUUACAAGGUAGUAUGUAUCCUAAUGGAUCAGCUAUGUUUGUCGUGAAUACGGAUCAACCAUCCACGGACAUAUUCCCGUGGGAUACUGACGAAGAAUCGAAUCUUAUUGAUGUUAAGCAGUCGUUUAAGGGAGAAGGUAUUUCAGAUGGUUAUGGUUUUAGAUAUCCUGGUUCUAAACCGGGUUCACUUUUUGUUCUUGAAAAUGGAAUGCUCGUUUUCAUAUGGAAGGAGUCGAGGGAUGUGUUGACCUUGAAGAGGCUCAAUUUGGCGGAUCUUUUAAAGAGAGGUGAAAGAGUGCCUUCUUUGCCACCAAUUUCCAACUUUGCGUAUCUGACGAGGGAAUACAGAAAUGUUUACUCCGGAUUUUCAGAUUAUUAAAAUCGCUCUAUUUUCUCCGAGGUAUGGAUUUCUAAAAACCAUUGCUUCUUUUUAUGGAUGUACUAUUUUUUUCUCAUCGUAUCCAAAUUCGUUCCUUGUUAUAUAAUAAAAUGUUUGUCCCACCCUU